UUCGAAACUCAAAACAACAUGAAAAUCCAACUUCCCUACAUGUUCUUUUCCUUUUUCUUCCUUAUGUCAACAACCACUUUACUUGCUCUAACUACCGCCGCCGGCAAUUCUUUUCCACCAACAUCCAACGACACCGAUUUCAUCCGUACAAGUUGCCAAACGACCUUAUACCCACGAUUAUGUUUCACCUCUCUCUCCGGUUAUUCCUCUGCGGUCCAACAAAACCCUGCCCGCCUUGCCCGUGUCGCGAUUGGUGUCACUUUGUCUAAAGCCAACCAUAUGGCAAGAUACGUUUCCAAUAUUUCCCGUAGCACCGAUUAUGAUAAUCCAAGAGUCGCGGCCGCUAUUCAUGAUUGCCACUCUGUGUUUGAAGACGCAGUGGAUGAAAUCCGGGGCUCUUUGAAACAAAUGAGACGGUUAGGUGGGUCCGGAGAGUCGUUAAGGUUCCAACUCAGCAACGUACAGACGUGGAUGAGUGCGGCAUUGACCAAUGAGGAUACUUGUACGGACGGGUUUGAAGAUAUGCCGGACGACGAAGUGAAGGCGGACGUUUGUAACCGGGCAGUGAAGGUGAAGGAAGUAACUAGUAAUGCUCUGGCUUUAGUUAACAGUUUUGCUAAUACAAUACAAACACCAUGAGUGUUGUAUCAUUAAAAAAGUUUGUAUUUUAUUUGACCGUACAAGAGUACUAAAUGUGAAAAUGUAAUUAAAUUGAGUGAUAGAGUUGAUCGUUGGAGAUUUUUGAUUGUUGUUUAGAAAACUUAUAUUUAUGUUCUAUAUACUUUAACGUAUUAUUGGGUUGUGUCA